UUCCAAUACCCCGACUCCAAGUUCGCCGUUGACGAAGCCAAGGCAAGUGCGGGGAGAAACGAAGGGGCGAUCACUCGACUUGGGCCUGGGGCUGUCAUGGGCGCCGUCGAAAGUAAGGGAAGAGGCGAUGUUACGCACCAUCCCCGUUACGAGCGCAAGCGCAGACGCGGCCUUGAGGGCUCGCUCAAGAUGGAGGGGGCCUACUCCAGACGAAGAAGGGCGGUUGGGCGUUGCGUCGGAUGUCGCCGAGGCUUUCAGAGAAGUGCUAGGUGAUGCGGCGUACGCAACGUUCAAAACAUAUGUCCAUCGUUUCGAUGCUCAUGCUAUUCCGCUGGACGGUCCUUUCGGGCUCAUUCAUCAUGUACAGCGUCUGCUUGACAGCGCUCCUGGUACGGACCGGCGUCGGAAGCAAGCGCUGCUAGACAGGUUUGUCCGAGUCGUGCAGGAAAGUCGAUAACCUGCAUCCGUUGUAUUCCCCAGUCACCACGCUCCUUCCACCCUCUGUGGUCACCCUUCCGGCGCCACACCUAUCCAUGCAAUCGUUGCAUGCGUUACGCUCACUGAUGCUCGAUCCGACUUACAUGAUCUUCCAUGAUAUGAUAUGAUUUAUCCUGCUUCAAUUCAUUGCUGUACCUCUUAGAUUGCAUAAUUCUCUUUUGUUCUUUGGAAUACCGUAUCAUCUACCUCAGCACUCAUGGAAACCACACAUCACUUACGAUCACUCACUACCUACGGCUACUGUAUGAUGUCAUUAAUUGAUCACUUGGACGGUC